GUUAGUAAAAAGAAAGGUGGAUUGUAUCGACGAUCGACAAAUUAAACAUAAAAAUUGGAGCCACACCAGACGAGACAGAUAACGGGAAGCAUUGAUUGGUAGAAAUGGAAACAAACCCUAAUCACAUGGUUCCACCCACACCGGCGGUUGAUCCUCCGCCGCAGUCACUGCCGUCAAGCCAAAGCCAUCCGCAGCCAAUCUUCUCAUUUCCAAGGAGGCCGACCCUAAGAGUGACUACUGAGUUCGACAGUGACAGUGCAAUCUUCUUCCAUAAAAUUUCUUGCAAGUUGUUGGACACACUUGCCAAGUUCAAGUUCCAAUUCCACAAUAACAGCAAAGGUGAAAUCUCCGAGCCUCAACUCAGCUUCGUGUCCAAGCACCUUAGUCUCCACUAUGACCUCGAAGACCAGAAUGCUCUUGUUAAGAGUUCCUUCGAUGUUGGUCCCAGAUUGCAUGUCAAAGCUGCUCACGAUGUCAAGGCUCAACAAGGAGAGGUUACAAUGCUUGCAAACCUCGCUGAUCCUGGCUAUGCGCUUGAAUUGUCCACUCCCGUUCCAUCUGUUGGAUUGCCAAAAGCAACCCUUAGAUUUCCUGUAGGUGAAGUUUCGCUACAGGAGAAGGAGACAGAGGAAGAGGAAGCCAAGAAUUUGUUGUCAGUGAGUGGGAUUCUCAAGGGUCAGUUUUUUGAUGGAGUUGGCACUGCUCAGUAUAAGGAUGAAGAAUUGAAAUUGAGAUAUUGCUAUAAGGAUGAUGAAAUGUCUUUUAUUCCCACAUUAUCUGUCCCUUCAAAUGCUCUGUCUUUUGCCUUUAAGCGUAGGCUUACUCCUUCCGACAAGUUAAGUUAUUGGUACAAUUGUGAUUCCAACUAUUGGAGUGCUGUCUACAAGCGCACCUAUGGUAAAGACUUCAAAUUCAAAACUGGUUAUGAUUCAGAGGUUCGUCUUGGCUGGGCAUCUCUUUGGGUCGGAGAUGAAGGUGGGAAAGCCAAAGCAGCCCCCAUGAAGAUGAAAGUUCAAUUCAUGCUUCAAGUGCCACAAGACGACAUAAAAUCUUCAGUUUUAAUGUUUCGGGUUAAGAAGAGAUGGGAUAUUUAAUAGUUUGCUGAUGUAUUUCUAUUCAUCUCAUGGAAAAGAAAAAAAAGAAAGGUACUUGUUAUUGAUAACUCCAUGGUGUCGACGUGUCGUUGUACCUUGACACAUCAUCAUGAAAAAGUGAGAUUGAUCAACUAUUUUGACUGGUUUAUGUGAAGACCAGAGUUUUCAACUGUACACAUUUUGUAAAAUAAUGUUCUGAUUUGUAAUUUUCAAGCUUAAUAUUCUCAGAUGGAGACGAUGCUGAAAUUAGUUAUUAAUUUUUUGGUUU